AUGUCGGGCGUGGGUAAAAGGACUUACCUCCGCGAGGUAAAUCCCUAUCUUAUUUGUCCGUUGUGCAGAGGUUACCUUAUAGACGCGACCACCGUCGUCGAGUGUUUGCAUUCGUUUUGCAGAAGCUGCAUCCUCAAGCAUCUCAACACAGAAGCUCAUUGUCCCUCUUGCAAACAUGUUCUCAACAAAGCCAAACCGAACAUCAAAGCGGACAAGGCGUUGCAAGAUAUCGUGUACAAAUUGGUCCCAGGAUUGUAUCACAAAGAAAUGCGGAAGAGAAGAGAAUUUUACAAAAAGCAUCCGGAGCAUGCGGACUUGGCCACUCCGGAACAACGCGGAGAAGACGUGAGCGGGAGGUUAAUCUUCGCUCCAGAGGACGCGGUUAGCUUAAGUUUGGAGUAUCUUCCACCCGGAGCGGACCCCUUGACCAUCCUACUUAGCCCCAACGACGACGCCAGCAACUCGAAUUUACCCAACAAUCAAAACAACACCGGCAACAGUAACAGUAAUAAUACCAACAGCAAAAGCACCGGCAACCACAACACAAACACGACGAGCAACAGGCGAUACCUGCAGUGUCCGGCGCUGGUGACCAUUGCACACUUAAAAAAAUUCCUAGCUUUGAAGUACAGCGUCGAUAUGACGAGAUACACCAUCGAAAUCUGUCAUCGACGUGCUCCACUUCCGGAACACUGGACUCUCAUGGACGUGGCCUACAUUUACGCGUGGAAAAGGAACGCACCUAUGCGAUUUUUCUACCGAGUGGCGCUAGAGGAGCAAAGAUUAGAGGCACCUCCUCACGACAGGCCUUCCACGCCAGGUUUAGGCGCCAGUUUGCCUCCCGUCGACGUCACAGUUAACACACAGGGCAACGCCAACGCGGAUAAUCGCGAGAAGAGUGCAGAACCUAGGGCACAAGUGGACCGAACGAACGAAUCUCAGAAGAAACCAGCCGCAGUGGACAAUCAGAGCGAAGUCUCGAGCAGGAAAGCACGUUCUCUAAGCGAAAUCAAGGACGGACAAUCGUCGACUAACGUAGCAACGUCGGCAACCUCUACGUCGACGACUACUUCGAUAGCUUCGACGACUAGCACAACGACGCCGACCAAUACAGUUGCCUCUACCGGAUCGAGUAGCGAGAACAAACUGGUUAAAACACCUAUUAAGAUACUGAAGAACUCGGACGGAAGGUACGAAGUCCUGAGGAGUCCUCCAGGAAGUUGGAGUUCGAAAGAGCAGAGCGUAACGAGUACAGAAACGAAGCCUUCCAGUCCGGAAUUCAGCGUCGUGAGCAUAGGCAGUGGACAAAAUUCUAACGGAGUGAAGAUCACGUUGAAACAGUGUACACCGAACAAUCCUUUGAGUCCAACGAAGCCGAAAGUUAUCAGCAACGUGUUAUUGCACUGCGGACAAAUGGAGAAGGAGGCCCCUGGAACGGUGGUACUUCAGCAGGUUCCGAGGGAGAAACCGCCAGUAGUGGAGAAACAGGAAAAGCAGAGAAGGAGGGUAACCUUUGUGGAACGAUCUACUCCGGAGAAGAUUGCUACUAGCAAUGCGUCGAAAGCAGCGCAGAAGAAGCCGGGAGAGCAACAGGAGAAGAAACAGUUCCUUCAGGGUUUCCAGUUAACGGCGAGGGAGACGGCACCGGACACGUCGUUGGAAUCUACUUCCAAGUUCAGUUUCGAGACGAGUGCCAGUAGUGAAACAACUGAUACGCACAUUAAGAGCAACGCAAAGGCGAAAAAGGAGGAUAAUGUUGUGCCAGAGACGUCGAGGAAAACAGACGAGGGGAAGAACAAGAGCAACGGGGAGAAUAACGGUGUAAGUGCGAGUAAAAGGGUGGCAACGACGGGUGGAAUUGGCGGAAAUACGCGAGUGAACCUGAAUAAACAGUGCAGUGACGUAGAUCCGUGCUCGUUUGGUUAUCCGAAGAGCUCGAACGCUGUGAACAUCAACGCAAAUAGCAACGCCGCGAAGGUGGAUGUGUAUACAUUUUCCAACGAUCCACCGCCGGUUGUUCCAGCUGGAGCAGUGAAGAGAAAAUGCCCACCUGGAUUACCGAUCUUCGAUGUCAAGCGGAAAAGACAGCAGCCGGCUCAAACUCAGGCUGCAAAGAAGCAAGCUGCUGCUGUGCAAAGUAACGCCAAGUCACCUAGGAAACUGGCUACGGAACACGUUGUCCCAGCGAAAAGACCCGCAACUUUGGUCGGAGAACCUGGCCCAAGUAGAACACCCGCUACACCAACUUCUAAACCCUCUUCCAGUCCGAUACUAUCGAACGACACCAGAAAUAUAUUAGACGGUUGUGGAUUGAACAUCCCUGCAAGCCUCAGUAUAACCUUAACAGCGCCAAAAUCACCCGGUAGCAGCGGAGGAUUUCCAGAACCGAACGAUUCCAAAGAUAAUCGAAAGAACACGCUAGGAAAAGUUAGUCCCAGUAUCACUCUCAACGACAGAUCCGUCGAUCCAAGGGUACUGAAAGCCUUGAAGGCUGGACAGAUUAGAAUGCCAGCCCCGCCGAAACCGAGACAAACCAAACAAGAACGAGAAGCGAAUCAACCAAGAUCAGCACCGCUUAGUAAGAGAAAAAGAGAGCAAGAAUCGAGAGAUAUUCUGGACCUGAGCGGAGGGAAGAAGGUGGAUAUACAUCCGCUGAGAAUACCACAGCCAGUGACGAAAUUAAAAGCGAAAUCGACUAUCAGAGAUAACAUGCCUAGCAUGUCGGAUCAGGGGCAACUUGUAACGUUGGUCGGAGGGCAUAGAUACUACAGAGCACCGCCUGGAUCUUUGACUCCAGCAGCGCAUAGAGUGAGCGAUUGCCCGCUUCCUGCGCCAUCGAGAACUCCAGUCUACGCUCCAGGACUUUCCAGUCCUUUGAACAACAACAGAUCGAACACCAAUCUAUCGUCUGUAUUUCCAAGUCUGCAGAGUCUCUAUGCUCUGAGUCAAGCACCGAAUCUCCAACAGUUCCAAAUGGACGCGAGGCUCAGGCUACCUCGAGGAACAGAGGCCAACUCCACCAACAUCCCCAUCAGCGAGAACCGAAGUAUAACUAGCAAUAUACCGGGGAAAAGUCAUCUAGCUGCUCAAUGUCCACCGGUGAAACCAGCCAGAUCAUCCGUAGCGCCUCUAGCUGUUCCGAUAACCAAGCAGCAACCAUCCAACGAUAAAUCUGCCUGCGUAAACAGGUCUGUCGCCAACGAGAUCAACAAGACACCCGCAUUUCGUAGUAACGAGCCUCUCGAUUCCACCGAAUCUGCUAAACAACUGUCCGUCCAAACGAAAUUCUCGCCAGCUGCGGAGAGUAACAACCGAUUCUCACCAAGGAGCACUAACAACGGUAGCGCGAGCACCGAGGAUAAACCAUCUACCGAGGUUCCUCGCGAAUCUACCUUGGAAACGAGUAACGAAACGACCAAGGAAGCGGAUAAUUCGUCGAGACAAACGCCUAAUCGCGAAGCAGCCAGUCCCAGAGUAUCAUCCACGGCUUCUCCGUCUCCACCACCGGGAGAUACCAACACAAAUACGAGUAACGAGACCGCUAGCAGUCGUAACGACAACGUGAACGCUGGUUCGAAUGGAAUCGACAACGAUCUACCAGCACCAAGUCCGACGAAAAGUAACAAUAUGGGUGCUGAAGUGUCGAGUAGCAAGUCACCUGCUAGUCCAGACUCUAGCUCGGUAACGAUCGACACUCUUACCGGUAAAAGUUGCUCUACGGUCGAACAAGGCUUCCCUUCGCCUUCUCAAACGUCGGACGCGUUAAAGUCUUCGGAGCAUUCGACCGAAGCUGAUAACAACGUUGCCGAAGACUCGACGAACGAUAACGAGAAGAAAGGUACGUUUAAACAACCCGAUACGAAACAGCUGACUUCGGAAAUGUUUCAGAAGAGAUUGUUGGCUGCGUUUCCAUCUAACGAAUGGGCGAACAAUCCGAUAGCUGCAGAGCAUUUGGGCAAUUUUUUGAAAAGCUUGAACGCGUCGAUUAAGUCGGACAACAAGGUGGAGAGUAUCGGAACGGAGAAGGUUGAAAGUGAAGUAGCGUGUAACAAGGACGCAACGCGAUUAAAUAACGAGGCCUCGUCUAAAUCACGGACAGACGUCGCCGAGUCGUCAUAAUUUACGAGAAUUACUUAUGAGAAGGGAACGAAGAAUAAGAAGCUGUAUCACUGCCAGAUUACCAAUGUAACGUUAUCGAAUGACUUUUAACGUGGAUACGUGUACCGAUUUCUAAGUAUUUAAGAUGCUUUAAGACCUUUAUAUAGUACGAUACAGGGAAGAAGCACAGCAAGCACGCUGGAAAUAUUAUUUUUUCAAAUUUUUUAAC